CGAAUAUAGGGAAAACUCCUAUAUUAGCCUUAUGUAAGAAUAGAAUAAGAUGUAUACUCUGUAGUCCAAUAUUGUGCAAAUCAAUUUUGAAUGCGAAAAAAAGUAUUCUUAGUUUGAGGAUAACUAUAAGAUAUUGUAAUAGUGGUAAUUCUAACCGUAACUGAAUAGUGUGUAUAUUGUGAAAAGUGAUUGCAUGAAGUGAAAUUAAUUUAAAAUUCCAACAUGACAUUUCUGAAAACUAUACAACCAGGUUUACAAUUACUUCAAAUUUCUACAAAAAUCUUGUAUGUACCUGUACGAACUAAAUAUUUCAGUAUUGCAACAGACCCUAUUCAUAAUCAUACACAGAGAACAUUCUUAUUAGAAAUCAUUCGUGGCAUGGGAAUUACUCUAACUCACGCAUUGACUGAGCCUGCAACAAUAAACUAUCCUUUUGAGAAAGGUCCAUUGAGUCCAAGAUUUAGAGGUGAACAUGCAUUAAGAAGAUAUCCUUCAGGUGAAGAGAGAUGUAUUGCAUGUAAAUUGUGUGAAGCAAUUUGUCCAGCACAAGCAAUCACUAUUGAGGCAGAGGAAAGAGCAGAUGGGUCUCGUCGUACAACAAGAUAUGAUAUAGACAUGACAAAGUGUAUAUAUUGUGGAUUCUGUCAGGAAGCUUGUCCUGUGGAUGCAAUCGUGGAGGGUCCAAACUUUGAAUAUUCGACAGAAACACAUGAAGAAUUAUUAUAUAAUAAAGAAAAAUUGUUAAAUAACGGAGACAGAUGGGAAUCGGAAAUCGCAAGUAAUAUUCACGCAGAUUAUCUGUAUCGAUAAAUAAACUAUAAAAUGUAGUAAAAUAUUCUAUUUAUAGUACUAAUAAUAAAAAAAUGUAAAUAUUACAUUUAUUAGUACUAAUAAUAAAAAACAUUUAGUAUAUUA